AUGCGAGAAAGAAAGGUACAGCAUGGAUUUGAAAUUCAUCAGCAAAAUAUCAAAGGGAAAGUUUAUAACUCCACUAUCACCCUGGCAAGGAAGCCGAUACGAUUUGAGGAAAUUUGCGCUGGGGUGGAGUGUCGUGAACAGUUAUUCACGAAAGAAAAGGAAAAAAAGGGAUAUGGACGAAAGGAUAAGCUCUGCUUCUUCCGCUACAUUUACGAUAUUCUGGCUAUCAAUUGUUCGGAUUUCCCUGAUCACGCCAAACUACGCUAA